CAACAAUGUAUACAGGGAAGCCUCUACACUACAAAUCACAAGAUGCCUCCAUGACGAAAAUAGCUACUUUCGAACGCGUAAUCGAGACACCGGAACUCGUUGUACUGUCCAGCAGUUCCCUGAGAAGGUCAGAAUACAUACACUAGACCUCGAAGAUAAAUAGCCCCCUUCUUCUCCCUCCAAGCCUAGACUACAUCCAACACUAAGAUCCCCAUCCUCAUCCUCUACAAUUCUCCCUCCCAAAAGCAACCUCUGAUCAAUCUCCAACUCAUUCUCAAGAUGAAGCUCCCCGCCUCCCUGAUCCUCCUUCUUCUCGGUAGUGCCAUUGCGGCUCCCACCGACCUCGGAGACAAGGAACCAGACUAUGAGGUCUGCCACCUCCCCCCAGACCAUAAGGGCAAAGUCCAUCUGGGACACGAUGGCGUCUUGCGGGAGUUCGACCACGAUAAGAAGGUCACGGCCUUCUGGCCCCUCAGUCCCAAGCAGAUAAAAGAGUACCACGACCGCUUCCCCAAGGAGCUGCGCGAGAAGCUCUACAAGGAAUUUGAGGGUGUCGAUGGCUGGAAGGUCAAGGAUAUUGAGAAACUCAUUUAUCCAGACGAGAAGUACUGGCCGAAGUAUGACGAUGACAAGGACAAGAAAGAUAAGGGAAAACGAGGAGAUGGGGGAUGGUGGGAUAAAGAUGGGUAUGAUAAAGAUGGGCACGACAAGGACGGCAAGGACGGAUGGGAUAAAGAUGGGUAUGANAAAGACGGGCACGAUAGAGAUGGGCAUGACAAGGAUGGUAAGGACGGAUGGGACAAAGACGGGCAUGACAAAGAUGGCAAGGAUGGAUGGGAUAAAGAUGGCUAUGAGAAGGAGAAGUGGGAGAAGGAGAAGGUAGAAAGGGAAAGACAAAAGCAUGAGAAGGCAGAGGAGAAAGAGAGACACAGACAACAGGAACAGAGGGAGAGAGAUUGGGAGAAGCAUGAGAAGGAAGAAAAGCAGCACAAGCAAUGGGAAAAGGAAGAGUGGGAGAAACAGAAGGAGCACAAGGAAAACGGGGAGAAGGAGCAUGAAAAGAAGCCAGGAUGGCCCGAGUGGCCCAAGUGGCCCAAGAAGGAGGACUAUGGGCAUAAGGAUGAUGGGUAUAAGGACGAUGGGCAUAAGGACGAUGGGAACAAGGACAAGGACAAGGAUUGCUAGACGCAUGGCGAGUGGGAGAAGCAGGGCUGCCAUUUCACCACGAAGCCUGGGGGCAUGAAGAAGAGGUUCUGCCAUUAAGGAGUGAUGCUUGCAGACCUUGGGCAUGGCGUGAGACCUGCUUGUGCCUAUUUUGAAGUGUGAUUUGGCUGGGUGGGCCCAAGUGGCUGGUCAAGUUGUGGGAGAGUAUGAAUUUCGGUUUUUCUUGAGUUCGUUUUUUUGGUCACUCAUUUCACUUUGUUCUAGUUAUUGUUAGGAUUCUUGUGAACUACGACUCCCACACCCCUAAUAGCUUCCUUGAGCAUUAUCGAAUCUAGUUUAUCUUCUCUCCCAAAUGGCCAUGCUAUGUCUUGGCAUCUAUCUCAUUCGUUGUAUAUAGGGAGCAAUGGAGGCGCCAUAGUACGCAGUUCAGGAGAUUAAUACGUUCGCCUCCUCAAGAUUCCGCCUAGCAGUCUCAGGGAGUCGCAGCCAAACCCACAAUAAGCC